AAGAGUGUAAAGCAGCUAGCAUCUCGUAGCAGUGCGAGUCGAUCAUUCGAGCGCGCAACAUCUCAAUAGCGGUAGAAUAUCCGGCAAAUUCAGCUGCCGUUACUAAACUCAGUUAGUGCAGAAGGGUGUCCAAAGUUGGUGAAACGGCAGGAAGAACGCAUCUUUACCGCAGGAUGAGAUCCGCCAUUUGUAUCGGUUUAUUGAUCCUCGUGAUCGUACAGUGCACCCUGGCCAGUCCAGUUCCGCAAUUCCUUACCUUCCGCGAUGGGAAGUUCGGCGUAAACUUCGGUGGCUACCAUGCAGAGGCCGGUUUGGGUGGACUGCUGACGGGCAACAGUGCCCACGGUGGUCUGUCCGCUUCGGCCGGAACACCCCACGGGCAGCAGGCCGGUGCCGGCAUUGGCGGUUUGCUCGGUGGCAAUGAACGCACCGCGGGAGGAGCUUACGCUGGCGCCACGGCUGGGCAAGGUGUUGGAGCUAGUGCAGCCAUCGGCGGAGGACUUGAUGGAGCGGGCGGUGCUGGCGGUGUUGGUGCCGAAUCGCAUGCCGGAGGAGUGAGCAGAAAGGUCGUCCGACUGGGCCAAACUAACCAAGGAGCACCACCAUCGGAGGUCGUCAUUGCGAAGGAAACGGGUGUAAACUACGGUGGAAACUUUGAACGGAUCGAUAACCAACAUGUGAAGGAAGUGCACACCGAGUUGAGAGCACCGGCACCUCACCCAGCUCCAGCACACACCUUCCAGAAGACGGUGUACAAGAAAAAAGUCAUAAGCCAUCCGCACAAGGUCGCAGUAUUUGAAACACAUCACACCGGACCCCAGCCUCAGCUGGACAUUAAUCGGUUCUUCGACUUCCAAACAUUCUCCAACUUGGGUGCGCACUAUGCUCAUCCUGCUCCGCCGCCACCACCACCACCACCAGCACCGAUCGUCCAAAAAACGCUGGUGAAACAGGUGUCCUAUGAACCUGUACACACACCUACCUACCAGAAAGAGGUACACACCCGUUUUGAUUCAUCAAAUGGACACAGCGGUGGAGGAUCAUCCUCGAGCACUCACGUAGUUGCCAGCUCGACUCACAAUGCUAACUUCUGGAACGAUAUCUUCAACAUUCCCAUAUCCACACUGACCGCAGUCAAUCAGCUUCUGAACAAUAAGGCCGGAAGUGGUAGUGUGCAUGUCGAGAAGCACGUAGAAGUUCAUUAAAUGCUCUCUUGAAGGAUAUUCAAGUGAAUAUCACAGUGAAUCGGCAAACGUGGGCAACUUGUGUCAAGUAAAACGAUUUAAAUUAAACAUAUCUAUUUGGUGAAUAUGUAACGUA